AUGAACUUAUCAAGAGCGGACUUGUACGAAAUUGUGAUUACGGUGACGCGUAUAUCGGUACAACGUUCGCAAAGUCUCCGUCGGGUGUGCGACUCGACGUGGCGUUCACGCCUAUGUGUUUUGCCGCGACGGGGCCUGCUGAGGAAGCUGAGAUUCUUGAUCAAUCACUCGGACCUGCGUACGAUCGUCAAGUGUUUUAAUCGCGGUAUAUUCGCCGACGAUACGGACAUCCUCUGCAUUGUGUACGACGAGAUUGUUUUACGCGGCUUGCACAACACCUCAUACGUGGAGGGCAUAGUUAGACGGUACAACAAGUAUUGCCAGUGCGACGCCUCUAUGGUCGCCACUAAUAAUACCUUAUCGGAGAGCCCGCAGAAUGGCAAUACCGCAUUGAUGGGGCAAGGAAAUUUGCAAAAAACGAUUCUGAAGAGAGCGUCAGAAGCUGAUAUAGAAGAUGUCAGCAACGCCAAGAGACGUCAUAAGAAUCCGCAGCCGAAGAACGCGGUGUGCGCGCUGAACGAGCUGAAAACCGGGGCGAUUUACAAAGUGGUCGGACAGACCGGGCCCACUCAUGCACCGAUAUUCACGAUCGCGGUGCAGAUCGAUGGGCAGACGUACGAGGGGAAAGGACGUACCAAGAAGAUGGCAAAGCACGCGGCCGCGGAGCUCGCUCUACGGAACAUCAUUCAGUUUCGGAACACGCCGGAGGUUCAUCAGGCUAUCAAUACUUGCCAAUCCGUCGUACCUCUCGAGCCGGAUUUCACGAGCGACGUUACCGAACGUGAUAAUCAUCUCGUCAAUGCAUUUAAAACGUUAACGCAAGAGCCAAAGAAUACGAGUAAGUUUUUAGACAAAGGUCCGGUGGCGCUGAUCAACGAGCUGUACCCGGGCGUUAUAUACAACUGCAUAUCCGAUAACGGUGAGAGUUACGCGAAAUUCACAAUAUCGGUGACCAUCGAUGGGGAGACGUUCGAGGGGACAGGUCCGAGUAAAAAACUGGCGAAGGCGGCGGCGAGUAAAGCCGCCCUGGCGAAGUUACGAAAUGUUCACAGUUCCUCGUUUUGUAUACCGCUGCCCGUCCGCAUCUUGCCCAACUUUUCGAAUUCGGCCCACUGGCAGGAACAAAUGACACUGCCGCAGAUGCUGGCCGAUAAGAUCGGCAAAAUGGUGAACCAGAAGUUCAGCGAGCUCAUCCAGAGCAAACCGCAGCACGCACGGCGCAAGGUUUUGGCCGGCAUCGUGCAAACGAAGGGGACAGACGCGGAGUUAAUAUGCGUUACCACUGGUACGAAGUGCGUGUCGGGUGAACAUUUGAGCGUCAGCGGUGGUGCCGUCAACGAUUGCCACGCGGAGGUGGUGGCGCGCCGGUGUCUCUGUGAAUACUUGUACAAGCAGCUGGAACUGCACACCGAAGACAACAACACAGAAUCUAUCCUCGAGCCGGCCAAGAAGGGAUUCAAGUUGAAGCAAGGCAUUCAGUUUCAUUUGUACAUUAAUACCGCCCCCUGCGGAGACGCCAGGAUCUUUUCGCCUCACGAGGAGAACGAGUCUGUGGACAAGCAUCCCAAUAGGCGUGCACGUGGUCAAUUACGUACGAAGAUAGAGUCCGGCGAGGGGACUAUUCCCGUCAAGAGUAACGAGGGUAUUCAAACCUGGGACGGCGUCCUGAUGGGUCAAAGACUGCUGACGAUGUCGUGUUCGGACAAAAUAGCUCGAUGGAACGUACUUGGUGUGCAAGGCGCGCUUCUAAGCCACUUCAUCGAGCCAAUUUACUUCCACAGCAUUGUUCUCGGCAGUCUUUUGAACCCCAGCCACAUGUACAGAGCGGUGUGCGGUCGUAUCGAAAACACUAUUCAGGGCUUGCCACCGCCGUAUAGGCUCAACAAACCGUUAAUGAGUUUAAUCACAUCAUCUGAGGUCAGACAACCUGGAAAAGCCCCGAAUUACAGCGUCAAUUGGACGAUCGGUCAAAACGAAGCCGAAGUCAUAAAUUGUACGACUGGCAAAGACGAAUUGGGAAAGCCUUCCAGAAUAUCUAAACAGGCAUUCUUUAGAAGGUUUUUCAAUCUCUUAGGUAAACUUCCAACCAUAGAAGAUGUUGAUGAAAAUCGUUGCCGUCAUUAUCUUGAUGCGAAAUCAUCGGUACAGGAUUACUCGCUUGCUAAACGUCAAUUGAAGGAUGCUUUUGUGAGAGCGCAGCUCGGAAGUUGGGUGAAAAAACCGAUUGAGCAGGAUAUGUUCGAAGUCGAUAUCUGACUAAAUCAGAGUAAUAUCUCGAAAAGCAUUAUGAAUGAAAAGAAUCAUGAAGUCGUGGAGUACGUAGUUUCUAGUGCAAAAUAGAUCGCUCGUUCGGCGUGUCAUAAUAUGGCAGAAUUUGGUAUCAGUAAAGCAUAAAUCGUAGGAUCUCGCGCAUGUACACUCGUCGGUCUUGCGCCCCCGUAUGAUCUCAGCAUAUAUUCAUUCGUGUUCAAAGUGUGUUACAAAUCAUACGUUUUUGUCAGUUACCAGCAGUUCCGUUGUCAAGACAGUGUAGCCGCUAAAAGGGAUGCGCAAUCAGAAUUCAAAAAGAGAGCUUGUGCGUUAUUUCGACGUGUCCCAAUCAACGAUACUUAUCAAUGCAAUGUCGAUUCAGCACAUAUCCACAUGGAAUGGGAUUUCAUAAUAUAUUAUAUAUAGUAUGGCUCAUACGCAAUAUGUCAUUGUUUUUCACGUUUUUUUCGGGGACUCUUCCUAAUUUUGAUAAACUAUCGGAGGAAAAAAAAAUAAGUAAGACCUGUUUGUGUGAUUCCACUGUUUGACGGAUUCCACCAUGAUGAAUAGUCUUUCUUUUCUGCAGGACAAUUUUGUUGCUUCAAAUAGAUACUUUCAAGUAUCAUUUUCUUUCCACUCGUCCGUUCUUGUAUGAUAUAAGCAAUUAAUGUCCAAAAUCCACUUCGAAUAGUUUUUGAAUUAAAGUAUAGUAUUGA